GACAGGAAGCAGAGCUGGAGGCUGGCACAUCUCCUCAUGCCUUCUCCGUCAGUACCACUAUGUUGCUGAUCCAAAGACUUGGACUGAAGCUCAGGCCUACUGCAGAGAGAAAUACACAGACCUGGCCACCAUUCAGAACACUACAGAAAUGGACCAACUUGCCGACACAGUUUCAUCUUCUGGCCACAACUCUGACGUCUGGAUUGGUCUGUACAGUGUAGUUGACUGGAGGUGGUCAGACGGCUACAAUGGGAGUGGAGCGGAAUAUAGGAACUGGCAAAACCGUAUUGACAACGAACCAGACUUUUACUCAUUCCAUCAAUUCUGUGUGAUCAUUGGAAGCGCCGGAGGGUGGUGGGAUGAUUCAUGCUCAAUAUCCUACCCAUUUAUCUGUUACAGAGGAACACAGCUGGAGCCUCAGUUUGUUUUAGUCCCGAAUGGAAAGAAUUGGUCCGAUGCUCAGAGGCACUGCAGGGAGAACUUCAUAGAUCUGGCCACUGUGAGGAGCGGCACUGAGAACCAGGAGAUCCACAGCUUGGUGCCGAGUGAUGCCUGGGUGUGGAUUGGUUUGUCCAGAGACCCCAACAUGUACUGGUCAGAUGGGAGUGGCUACACAUUUAGCUUCUUGUCCACAGGUUCAAUCAACAUUAGCUCGACGAGCAUCAUAUGUGGUACAGCUCUGCAGAAAUCAGGAAAGCUGAGGCACUGUGAAUCUAGAUUUCCAUUUGUCUGCUACAGCGUCCCUCCACCUCCACCUUUAAUGAGACAGGUGGUAAAGCUGAGGAUCGAGCCAGACGACCCCUCUGUGGAUGUGAAUGACCCUGCUGUGAAAGCAAACAUCCUAAAAAAGCUCCAGGACAGGCUGAAGGAGAAAGGAAUGAGUGGUGUCACCCUGAAGUGGAGAGAGCAGCCCGAUGGGAAAGUCUUCCACAAGGAGAAAAAAAGUUCACGGAAGAAAACUGAGCUCUGAAACUAAAGUCCAACUUUAUUUCUGAUUAUCUGACACCUUUGGUGAAUGGGGAUUCUCUGUAGUACACUUUUGUAGCAGCUGUGUGAAAUAUUUUAAUGGAAUGUAAUGAUGUUGAGCACGGGCAGAGCCGGAGGUUGUAAACAUCUGGGGCUCAGCCAAAACCUAGGGGGGCCCAGGGGCAUGCCACCAUAGGAGACUUUUUCCCCAUUGAUGGUAGCCAUGUGCACUAUUUUUCAAGCUGUCUGUGAUAAUAGAAUACCUUAAAAUCUGUGCAUUAUUUGGAAAAAAAAAUCCAAGAAAUAAAAAACAAAAAAAAACAUGAUAGUUGCCAAGGACAAAAAUCAUUUCAUCAUUCUCAAACUAUAACACAACAAAUGUGGAUGACUCAUUUUCCUUCAUGCCAUCUAAAAAGAGGCAAAAUUGUCUGAUGUUACUAUUUUUCAGUUCCAUAACAUAGGUAGGGUUGGAUUUUACCAAUCUUGAAACCUGUUUUUGUUAAACUAUGCUGGGAUGAAGUUCACAGAAUUAAUGUUUAGCUGACAAAUCUGCUAAAUUUGAA